AAGUGGUAGAAAUGAAACAAUAGCCACAACAGAAAUGAUUGGAGUUAAUAAAAAGUGACCGAGCAAGCAAUACACAUGAAGUUGGUUGGAAGUGUGUGUAUAUGUGGCGUAUUGACAAGCGACUUAAUCGCUAAAAGAUGAGUUUUGUUGUUGGAGGAGGAGCGACUGCUACCCUGCACUCUCUUCCUCUGUUAUACCCACCAUUUCUCUCUUCUUCUCGACAUCGAAACACUAAACCUCAUCGUCGUGUUCCUGUUUUGUGUUGUUCUCGCCAAAAACAAGAUCCAAUAUGCAACAAGAGGACAUUUCUUUUCAUGGGUGUUGCUGUUCUUCCUUUUCUCGAUUUCAACCCUGUCUCCGCUCUUGAACGAAUCAUUCCAUCGCCAAUCUUCGUCUUCAUUUCAUCUCGUGUUCGCAGACAACGUCUCCCUUCCUCCCGGGACUCUGUUCGCAGUCGACGUCUCCGCUCUGUUCGCAGACAACGUAUGCUUUCAAAUGAUGUCUCUGUGCCUCUUGUUAGUCUUGAACCAUCCCUCUCCGACGUUGCCUCUUCUUCAUCUGUAUCUCCAUCUGUGUCCACAAACUCAGACGAAAGUGAGGUGAAAAUACCAGAGGAUAAAAAGCAAGCAGAGAUAGCAUCUGAAAUGGAGAAACCAUCAAAUUCCAUUGUGUCUCUUCUGAAUGGAAUUGGUAUAGUAUCUUCUGGUCUGUUGGGUGCUCUCUACGCACUCGCUCAAAAAGAAAAGUCUGCAGCUGUUGCAACAAUAGAAACAGUCAGCAACAAACUGAAGGAAAAAGAAGAGCAGAUCGUUUCGUUGAAGAAUAUCUAUGAAUUGAAGUUAUCAAACGAGCAGGAGGAACAGGCCAAACUACUUGGAAAGGCAAAGGAAGAGCAGAAAGCACUGAUUGACCAACUAAAUUCUGCAAAGAGUACUGUCACCAGUUUGGGAAAGGAGCUGAAAAGCGAGAAAAGUUUGAUUGCGGAGCUGAAACAACAAAUUGACAGACUUGAUACUGACAUUUCAAAGACUAAUACAGAUAAGAAAGAUCUUGAGAACAAUUUGAAAGAAAAGGUAGAUGCUAUUGAAAUUUUAGAAAAAAGAAUUAAUCUGUUGAGUGAAGACCUCAAGGACAAAGAACUUAUUGUUCAGAGUCUGAAUUCAUCGGUUACAGAUAAGGAGUUGGAAUUGAGGAAUUUGAAUUCUUCCUAUGACCAAACUAAGGAGGAAUUAUCCAAUGCUCAUUUGCAUAUUCAAGGGUUGAAAGAUGAAAUGCUAAAAACCCGAGAAGAACUAGAAAGAAAGGAUUCCUUAGUGGUGGAACUAAAUUCAAGAGUGAGUUCCUUAAACCUUGAGAACAAUAACAUUAGGAGUGAAUAUGAUGCAUUGAAGAAGGAAUACAAUGACCUAAAGUUAAUUUCUGACAAUAAGGCUUCUUUGGAUGCUAAGGUUCUAAAAGAAAAAGAAGACGAGCUUCAUCAGUUAAAGGAUAAAUUUGAACUCACGCUAAAUGAAACCAGCAAAAGCCAGACUGUCAUCGCUGAUUUAACCAAAGAGCUAGAAGGUUUAAAGGAGUCGCUAGAGAACGAGUCUAAGAAAGUGAAAAAUUUGAAGUUUGAACUUGAAGUCACUCAAGAGAAUCUUGCAAAUUCAAGAAAUGAUUCUGCUGAACUUGAAAAUCAGCUAAGUCAGUCAAAUGAAUUGUGCACAGAGCUCAAGCUUGAAGUCUCAAAGCUUUCAUCCGAGCUCACAGAAGUUAAGGAGUCGCUACAGCAUAGACUUGAUGAUGCAAAACUCGAGGCGGAAAAACUAGCCAAGGAGCACAUAACAGUAAGGGAACAUUUGAAGAAAGCCGAAGAAGAGCUGCAAAGUACAUCCCAUGAGCUAACGGCUACUCUUGAAAACCGUGAUAGCCUACAGAGAGAAUUAAUUGAGGUCUACAAAAAGGCUGAAGCCACAGCAGAAAAUUUGAAGGAAGAAAAGAAGUUGGUUACUUCUUUGAACAAAGAUUUACAAGCUUUGAAGAAGCAAGUGUUGAGCGACAAAGAGUCACGAAAAACUAUUGAAAUGGAUCUUGAGGAGGCUACCAAAUCACUUGAUGAAAUGAACCGAAAUUCAGUGAUCCUUUCUAGUGAACUAGAGGGGGCUAAAUCAGCUAUUUCUAGCCUUGAAAACGAGAAAGAGGCUCUUGCCAAGUACCUUACAGAACAAAGAAAUGCAAGCAAAGAGGCUCAAGAAAACAUUGCAGAUGCUCAUAACCUCAUCACUAGACUUGGCAAAGAGAGGGCGAGUUUAGAGAACAGAGGAAAGAAAUUGGAAGAGGAAUUGGCUUCUGCCAAGGGUGAAAUAUUACGGUUGAGAAGUCAGAUCAAUUCUUCAAAAUCAAAAGUUGUUGUUAACAAUGAGCUGCAAGUACCGAAAAAAGAUGAAGCUGAAACCAACGAAAUCCCUGCAAGUCCACGGAAGAUUGUUCGAAGAAGAAAGACUAACCCAUCAUAACCAAGAAAAUCGAGAGCUUCAUAUUAGAAAAAAUAAAAUCAUGAUUAGGAGAAUGAUAUUCUGUGAUAAAUCAUUUGGAAGGAAGUUGAUAUUAUUGCACUUUAUUCACUUUGGAUAAGUUUUGAUAUUGCAAUAGAGUAUUGUACAAAUGAAAUAACACAGUACGAAUUGCUGAGCUGAACUUUUAGGAUUGUUGAUUUGUAAUCAUUUUCAUAAUAACCUGAAAAAAAAUAUGAGAAUGCUAGGUUGUUUUUUACAUUGAACACUGUUGGAUGUUCCUUGUUUAUCAAGAAAGUCAUUAUGCAUUUA